GGACGAAUGCAUCGACGCGAGGAUAACCCUUGUGCGUCUCCCACUGAUUCAUCAAAAGCUUCAGGAUUUUGAAGCAUUUUCUAAAACCCUAAUAAACCCUGAAAGGGAAUCAAGACAAACAAAUGUUACUCCACUCAGUAAUUUCCCAAUCUCCACCACACCCGCAAACCAUUUCUCUCCAAUCCUCCUCAUCUUCCCUCUCUAAUUUUAUCAAUUUCCCAUCUGGGUUUCGCAAUUCACCCCUAAAAAGGGGUCAAUUCAAGCCCAUCAUCAUAAGAAAUAGCUCUUCAUCAUCAUCUUUUUCACAGGGCUACAGCUAUGGUACAGUGGACUAUGAGAAGAAGUCACGAACACCGGUGACAUGGAAAGCUAUUUACAAGAGGAUUUCGAUGAUGGGUAAUCGUGAAAAGGGGUCUACUAGUGUGUUGAAUCAGUGGGAGAAUGAAGGCAGAACUGUUACCAAGUGGGAGCUUUGUAGGCUUGUGAAGGAAUUGAGGAAAUAUGGUCGUUUCAAGCUUGCUCUUGAGGUUUACGAGUGGAUGAAGAACAAACCAGAGAGAUUUAUCAUGGCCCCGAGUGAUGCUGCAAUUCAAUUAGAUUUAGUAUCCAAAGUAGAAGGUAUUUCAGGUGCCGAAGAUUACUUUAAAAACCUACCAGAUGAUCUAAUCGACAACCGUGUAUAUGGAGCCCUCUUGAAUGCCUAUGUGCAUGCUAGAAUGAAAGAAAAAGCCGAGUCUUUGUUAGUGGAAAUGAAAGAGAAAGAGUAUGCUAGCCAUGCACUUCCAUAUAAUGUUAUGAUGACUCUCUACAUGAACCUUAAAGAUCAUGAAAAAGUUGAAGCCUUUAUUUCAGAGAUGAUGCAAAACAACAUAGACUUAGAUUUAUAUUCGUACAGUAUCUGGAUAACUUCUCGUGGGUCUCAAGGAUCUGUUGAAAAGGUGGAAGAAGUGUUUGAAAAGAUGAAACUUGAUGUGUCAGUUAAACCCAACUGGACUACUUAUAGUACUCUAGCUACGGUGUAUAUUAAGCUUGGAGAGCUUGAAAAAGGCGAAGAUUGUCUUAAAAAGAUUGAAAGCAAGAUCACUGGGCGUUAUCGCAUUCCUUAUCAUUAUCUUUUGAGUCACUAUGGUAGCAUCGGCAGAAAGGAAGAAGUUCAAAGGAUUUGGGGAACUUAUAAAACGGUCUUCCCAUAUAUACCGAACAUGGGUUAUCAUGCAGUUAUUUCGGCUUUUAUCAGGAUGGAUGAAAUUGAAGAAUCGGAGAUGCUUUAUGAGGAGUGGCUUUCAGUCAAGACAACUUACGACGCCAGAAUUGGGAAUCGAUUAUUAGGUUGGUAUGUUCGAAAAGGGCAUUCAGAAAAAACCGAAUCUUUUUUCAAAGAAAUGUUGGAAAAUGGAAAGGCAAAUUCUAGUACAUGGGAAAUCCUUGCUGAAAGUCAUAUUAAGCACAAGAGGAUUCCUGAUGCAUUGUCUUGCUUUGAGAAAGCACUUUCACAUGAAGAAUCAAGCUUUUGGAAACCAAAACCAGUUAAUAUUAUAUCAUUUUACAAGAUUUGUGAGCAAGAAAACGAUGAACCGAGCAAGGAGGCGUUUUUUGGAAUGUUGAAGGAAGCGGGUGUUCUUGAAGAUGAAUCUUUAAUGUCAAAAUUACCUUUUCUGAGAGAUUCAAAUGCUGGAAAUGAACUGCCAAAAGUUAAAGAAAGCGAAGAUUAUGAUGAUGAAGAUGCUGAUACACUUCUAAACGAGCUGCAGGUUGGUGUCUGAGGACCCCGAAUAUCUCCAGAGUUCUGAGUUCUUGACAGCUUGAAGCCUGUUUUUGGAAAUAUAUACAAGAUUUCACACAGGUUUCUGAUUUUAAUGUGGUAAGUUUGUUCUAAAGUAGGUUUUAAUUGCUUUAGUUUACAAAGAAUGUAUUGCGAUCCUCAUUUUCUGCCGCUGUAGUUGUACAUUGCUGUCAAAAUCCAUAUCCGUCUGCAGCUUUGACUUGUACCCUCAAUGUAUCGCGACUUGUAAAAAUUAUGCUUUUUGC